CCCUUUUUCAUUCUAAACUCAAAAAAAAAAAAAAAAGAAGAAAGAAGAAUCAAUUUCUUAAGCAUUACUUGAGAUUUGAGAAUUUCCAAUUCCAUAGCGAUCUUCUGAGGAAUCAACUUUUGAAUUUGUUCUAAAUUUUAUCAACAAUGGAAUUGAGGCGAGCAUCGUGUUAUUUCUUGGCCAUCUUUCUUGUUGUAACCGCUGUUCGAUUUUCUCCAUCUUCAGCUUUGGUCUCUAGUAAAGAUAUCAAUCCUCCAUAUCCUAAAGCUAUUUCUGACUUGAAGGAGUCAAUUGUAAAGGGGUUAGGUUUCCAAGCUGAUGAUUUCAAGAUUUCCGGGUUUGAUUUGAGGGAUGCUCUUGUUGGUAGGUCGGUGUCGUAUGAGUUUGAUGUUGAAAUUGAUAAUAAAGUUAUUCCCUUGAAGCUUUUGGAGGAUGUGAAUAGAUGGGAGUUUGUAGAUUUGCCCAUUUUCCGGGUACAACAAGGUGAAGAAAAUGGGUUGGUUGAAAGGCGGAGAUUAGAGAAUCAGGUGCCUGUUUUGGCGCCAUUUACUUUGGCAGGUCCUAUGGAGCUCUGGAUCCAGGAUGCCAAGGACAUGAGAAUUUCACUACCUCAUGAUGUGGAUGCUGGCGAGCUGCGAAAAGUGAUCUUAGCUGAUGGUGCUGUUGUUACAGUCAAGGGUGCCAGAUCUGUUAGUCUGCGCCACCCUAUAGAACUUCCACUGCCCUUCAACAGAACGACAAAUGGAUUUGCGUCCGGUCUGUUGGCAUUAGCUGAAUAUAUACGUCAAGCUUCUCUCACUCAAGGGGAACCUCUCCUUUCUCUUCGAAUUGUUGGUCCUACAUCUCUUACAUCCCCUGCCUCACCUUCUUCCCCUUCUGCAAACAAACUUAAGCUUAAACGGCUUGCGCCUGGUCUUGUUGAGUUGUCAUCAGUGUCAAAAUUGAAAGCCAUGGACGCGAUCUCCACCGUCGAUCUCCAGGGAGAAGCCACUGCACUUCUUACACCCAAUCAAUUCACUACAUUGUGGCCUGUUACAUCUAUCAAUGGUUCAAACUCGAACUUGCUCGGUUUUGAGGCUUUGCUUUCUAAUAUACUGGGUCCUAAAGCAGGUAAAAAGGGCUCUUUCAAGUUACUGAAGGCAGAUGUAUCAGCCCAGACAUUUGUGAAGAUAGGUUUUGGAGUUGAGAAGAAGUUGAAGGAAGGAGAUGGGUUCAAUUGGGACGGUUAUCCAGAGUGGAGAACUAAGCCUGAAUCCGUGAGGAUGCAUUUUGAAGUUCUGGCAAAGGUAGACGGGGACAAAGUUGUGCCAGAGAGAGUCGUGCAGAUUGAUCCGAUAACAAUCGAGGACACAGUGGCACCAAGUGUGCUCUUGGGCAAUGUCUCGAUGUCAAAGACUCCAAUUGUUCACCAACCUCCAAAUCCAUUCACUUUGUAAACUCCUUAGACGGGCUUGGUUUGUGUUGAGCAAUAUUGUAUAGAUAAAAUUACCUUUUACUUUUGUCCUUUCUUUUCAUAGCAAUUACAUAUAUCAGGUGCUAAGAGACCUGACUUUGUAAGAGUAUAUCGAAGAAGUAUCAGGAAUAUAUGCCAGAUCUUUUUGGUA